GCUUCCCAAAGCAAGCAUGCUUGUCGCUCUGACGCUGUUGUGCCUGGCGGGCGCGCUGUCGGCGCACAGGCCCACCUCCGUGCAAACGUCCUCGGGCCUCCUGGUCGGUUUUCGCGCCAAGGUUGGACACCAUCAUCGCGUCAACCACUUCCUGGGCAUACCGUACGCCAAGCCCCCCGUGGGUGCUCUCCGAUUCGCUCCCCCUGAGCCGCUGGACGACGCCAGUCAGGAGGAAUUGGAUGCCAGCCACCACGGACCCUCUUGUUACCAACCGGCUCACCUGAAGGAGCUUAUGAGCAGCUUUCUGGACGAUGCCUCCGAGAUGAGCGAAGACUGCUUGACUCUGAACGUGUAUGUACCCGAUGUCCCAGAUGCGGGUCUCCUUCCCGUGAUUGUUUGGAUUCCUGGGGAGGGCUUCGAUUACGCCAUUGCACGCCAGUUCGACGGCAGCUACCUAGCCAUACAUUCCAAUGCCAUCGUAGUCACGGUCAACUACCGGGUGUCCUCUUUGGGAUUCCUCACCACUCUUACGCCCGAUGCCCCCGGAAAUGUAGGCCUUCACGACCAGCGCAUGGCGCUCAGAUGGAUUAAGAAAAACAUCGCUCACUUCGGUGGCAAUCCGGACAAGGUUACCAUCAUGGGGCGCUUCACGGGAUCCAUGAGCAUUAGCAUCCACAUUGCCACUCCUAUAAAAGAGAAGCUUUUUCAAAAAGCCAUCAUGCAAAGCGGCAUAGCUAUAGGUGACUAUGUGUUCGACUCGAACCCACUCAACACUACUGAGAAGCUCGCCGACGCUGUCGGCUGCCCCACCAAUUCCAGCGUAGAUAUGACCACGUGUCUGCGGAACUUACCGGCUCCCGAGUUGGUGAGCGCCACAACUCGCAUUGGAAAGUUCUUCAAGCCCGUCAUCGACGGUAAACUCAUCGUCGAAGAGCCGCUAGAGGCCGUGAAGAAAGGUCGUCACCAAGCUGUUGAUGUCAUCAUUGGCACAAAUCAGAACGAGGGUUCGCUGUGCCUCCUGACGCUGCAGUACCUCAAGUCAAAUUUCUUCGAGCGCCUCAUUCAGAACAGGCUCACCACACAAGACGUCGCCGACAUGGUUCAGUUCCAUCUGCGCGACUUCAACGUCCGGGACGACGACGUGCUUUCCAAACUCGUUCAGCACGAGUACCAUUAUCAGCACAUCAAGGAUGGUCUGCGAGCUCAGUAUGUUCAGUUCUGCGGUGACAUGUACGUAGCUUCCCACGCCGAGCAGAUGGCCCGCCUCCUGGCUCACCAUAAGAAGGGCUCCGUGUACGUCUACCGAUUUGCUCACCGGCCGUCGUUCUCCAAACAGCCCGAUUUCAUCGGAGCAGCCCAUGGUGACGAUGUGCUCUUCGCCUUGGGUCUUGUUCUCAAGCAGCGAGACCUUCCCAAGUCCGAAGUGCUCCUCAGCGUCAAGAUCGCUGCCUCCAUUGGCAACUUUGCACUUGACAGUGAUCCAAGCAUCGUUGGCGCCCCCAGUAUAAAUCUGGACUGGCCCGAGUACACGGAGCAAGGCCAGCUCGUCAUGCACUUCACCUCUGGUCGCUCUACCGCUCGUCGCAGCGUGCUGAACCGAGCCGUCGCCUUCUGGCAUGACAUCGUGCCGCUGAUAAAGAUCAGCAGGACCGUGCAUGAGCUCCCAGCGGCCGAGCCACUGUCAAUGACCUCCUCCCAGGUCUACCUCUUCGAACCGAGUCCGCAGAGCCUCCGACUCCCACAACCAGUGGAGCAGAGCGCAGCGUAUGUCGUGGUGGCCCUGGCAGUAUGCAACGCCCUCCUUCUAGUUGUGUCAGCUAUCAGCAUCACCAAGCUCCGCAAGACGCAGCCUAGAUACGAGACCCUGGAAAAGCUGUGAGGCUCAGUGCCACAGAGACUAUUGUGAGAUUGUGUACAUAGUUCACUCAUUCACUCGCAUGCUCCAUAAUACCACGCACAUCGACAAUUGCAUUAGAAGUUGACAACUAUAUUUAUGAGACAAGCACGCGCACAUUCAUUGAACAAAUGAUUCAACUCAUUGCUCAUCUAUCCUACACUUGUAAAAAAACAUCGUGUUAUGAAAGUGUUUUUAGCCUUGUAUAUAGUUACAAAUUUCAAACGUACAAACUCCCGUAAAACUCAGUUAUUUGCCGGCACCUUAAAUUUUGUGGACGACGAAUUACGUCAAGCCAAAAUAAAAUUUGGCACAAAGGAAUUUGGCGCGCAGGACACGCAAAGCCGAGAAAUUUAUCAGCCGCCAAUAUGAGCAACGUGCCCAUUUCGCAACAUGUCUGGACCGUGGAAUAAUAGAGUUUUACAGUACAUUGUGAAUAUGGCGGACUUUUCUGAGCAGCCUGCUCAUUUUAUGUCAUAGGCUCUAGUCAGUGUCCUUUCAUGUACCUUGAAAGAUCUGUUGUCUUUGUCCUGUACGUAUAUCUUAAAUUGUGAUUAAAGAGAUGUCUUUGAAUGGUAUAA